CCACUUUGAGUUCAGUGCAGUUUCGAACGGUGGUGACAGUUCGCGUGUGAAGUGUCCGAUUGUCUGUCUGUUUGCUCCCAUUUAUAAUUUCGUGGGGAGUGCUUCGUCCGCUGAUAUCGCUCAUAUUUUUUUCGCGUCAACGACUGACCAACGUGUGUCUUAAACGUCCUCUUAUUCACCAACCCCAGCAAGUCCGCGAGACCCAACAAAAUGUUUAGCUGGCUGAAACGCGAGAAAACCAACCAAGAAGUUGUGGAGAACGUGAUCGGGGAAUUGAAGAAAAUCUACAAAAGCAAACUGCUCCCGCUCGAGGAGCACUAUCAGUUCCAUGACUUCCACUCGCCCAAGCUCGAGGACCCUGACUUCGAUGCGAAGCCGAUGAUCCUGCUUGUGGGACAGUACUCGACGGGAAAGACCACUUUCAUUCGGUACUUGUUGGAGCGCGACUUUCCCGGAAUACGAAUUGGUCCGGAACCGACGACAGACCGUUUCAUCGCCGUCAUGUAUGACGAAAAGGAGGGCGUAAUCCCCGGCAACGCUCUUGUCGUUGACCCAAAGCGACAGUUCCGCCCGCUCAGCAAGUACGGGAAUGCCUUCCUGAACCGAUUCCAGUGCUCCACCUUGAAUUCACCCGUCCUGCAGGCGAUUUCCAUCGUCGAUACCCCCGGUAUCUUGUCCGGGGAGAAACAACGCAUCGACAGAGGCUACGAUUUCACGGGAGUGCUUGAAUGGUUCGCCGAACGAGUGGAUCGAAUCAUUCUCCUGUUUGACGCCCACAAACUGGACAUCUCGGACGAGUUCAGGCGAUCGAUUGAAGCACUCAAAGGACACGAUGACAAAAUCCGAAUUAUUCUCAACAAAGCUGACAUGAUCGACCACCAGCAGCUCAUGCGAGUGUACGGUGCCUUGAUGUGGUCGCUGGGCAAGGUCCUGCAGACUCCGGAAGUCGCCCGAGUGUACAUCGGCUCGUUCUGGGACCAGCCCCUCCGCUACGACAUGAACCGCCGACUGUUCGAGGACGAAGAGCAGGAUCUCUUCCGCGACCUGCAGUCUCUGCCCCGUAACGCUGCCUUACGUAAACUUAAUGACCUGAUCAAGCGCGCUCGUCUCGCCAAAGUCCACGCUUACAUAAUCUCCGAGCUCCGCAAGGAAAUGCCCAGUGUGUUCGGCAAGGACAGCAAAAAGAAGGAGUUGAUCAAGAAUCUAGGACAAAUCUACGACAAAAUUCAAAGAGAGCACCAAAUUUCGCCCGGCGAUUUCCCGGACAUCAAGAAGAUGCAGGAGCAUCUUCAGCACCACGACUUCACCAAGUUCCACUCGCUUCGCACCAAUCUCCUGGACGUCGUCGACCAGAUGCUGGCUAAGGACAUUGCCCGUUUGAUGGAGAUGAUUCCACAGGAAGAACAAUCCGUGAUGUCGGAGGCGGUCGUGAAAGGUGGUGCAUUCGAAGGUGUUGUCGACGACACAAUUUCACCCUUCGGCUAUAAGAAAGGCGAAGGUAUCGACGCUGGAUAUGGCGAAUUGGACUGGAUCUGCAAUCGAGACAGGGCGAGAACUGAUCCUAUUUUCGAGAGCCUGAAUCCUAUUGAAGGAAAAAUAUCUGGUGCUGCUGCCAAAUCGGAGCUUAUCAAAUCAAAACUACCCAAUUCCGUUCUCAGUAAGAUUUGGAAGUUGUCCGACGUCGAUGCUGAUGGAUUUUUAGAUGCCGAAGAAUUCGCAUUAGCUAUGCAUUUGAUUAAUGUUAAGUUAGAUGGUAAUGAACUACCAAACAUUCUGCCUGAUCAUUUGAUACCACCAUCGAAGAGAUGUUAACGCUACGCUGUCGAUAAACUUUAAGAACUACGUGUAUAUGUUACAUUGCUAAAAUUAUAGCAACAACUAAAACAACACAAGUAAAUGAAGGAAGAUAACAAUAAAUUCAAAACUAUUUUGGAUAACAUUUUUGUAUCGUCUCAGCGUUUUUUAUUAUCAAUGAGAAACGAACGAAUUGCGAUUAAAACCGAACAUUUUGCACAGUAAGAAUUAAUUUUAUCAAAGAUUCAGGAGAAAGUAAACGCAUUUGGACACUAGUUUAUAAUCACCGAAUCAUAUUAUGAGCGUUUUCAGUAAAAUUUCGUAUCACAAAAACCCUAGCUAUCUUCGUAACCAAAGUUCACUACACACAAGAAAAGACCAGAUUAAAUAUUUUGAAUAGUUUUAAAUACAUUACAGAGGACGGAGAGAUAAGAAUUUGUUCUAGCGCAUUCUGUUAGUUGAAAAUGCUUAUUUCGGCAUAUUCAUCUUCUCGUACAUAAAGCAUUAAAUUCAAACACAAAGCACAAGACAUUACUGUUAAAACAAAUGUGAAAAGGAGGGUACAUAAACGAGAACUGAUUUUCUAGGUAUUUCUAUUGAAUAAAUAUAUGAAAAGUUUGAUAAUUCCGCGUCAACGAUGCGAACAAGUUUAUUAUACACAAUGGAAGAAUGUUUCAUAUUUUAUAUACAUCAAGGGCCAGGUCGCUACCAAAUUAAUUGAAUUAUUCUGUUCCCAUUUACUUUGGAACUUAUGAGCUGGAGACGGAUUAAUUUAAUGACGAAUUGUAGGAGAGGAUUUAUGGCACGAUUUCGAACACGAUAAUCGAUUUGACCUAGUGUAGAAAACGCAGAGAAAAGAUGUUCAAACGAAGCAGCCCAAAGGAGUCAAAUCAAUCCGAACCAGGCUUAUCAGCAUUGAGUAAGGAGUGUGAAAACCAUUUAGAAAUUAACCGCCCACUUGGUUCAUAUUAUUUUCAACUUGUUAUCGGAGUUAGAAGAAGAAUCCCUUUUCCCUGGCUUUGUUUGGAUUAGAUACUUUUAGAUGUACCUCAUAAUUAUAUUCCUUUGUGUUCUUAUUUAAAAUCUAUUGAGUGCAAGAAUUACAUUGUAAGGGGACUUCGUUUCAACUUUGCCUUUUUAUCACAAAAUAAAAAAUCUAUUUAUGUCAUAUCCUUUAUUUAAGAAUAAAACAAAAAAUUUGAAAAUAUUUCAUAAAUGAAAAUUAAAAUAAAAAUUGUUAUAUAUUUAUUGCACGUUCACCAUCAAUUUUUCGUACACAGAAUAUUUAAUUUAUUAAUAAAUAUUCUUGUGUAUAAUUCAGAUAUUUGUUUACUGUAUUAUGUGGAAAAUGAAAGAAGACUAAAGUUAAAGAUAAUAAAAAAGCAACGAUUCGAAGGGAAACCCAGAAAUCACGUUAAUUUAUGAAAUUAUUAUUAGAGAUAAUAAAGAAAUAUUUUGUGUAUA